AUGAUGAAGAGCAUUGAGGAAUCCGUCCAGUCCCAAUAUGGCCAGGGAUACUUGGCGGGUAUGGAUGCCAUUCGUGAACAGGAGUAUCCUCUUCUCAAUGGAACAACGUAUCUGGACCACGCCGGAACAACGCUCUAUGCCAAAUCGUUUAUCGAGUCAUUCUCGGAUGAUAUGAUAUCCAGUCUCUUCGGAAAUCCCCAUUCGAUGUCUGUAUCAUCACAGCUGUCUACAGAGCGGACAGACGACGUGCGACUCCGGGUCCUCCAGUUCUUCAAUGCAAGCCCCGAUGAGUUUGAUGUGGUUUUUGUGGCAAAUGCGACAGCAGCUAUUAAGUUGAUUGGAGAAUCUUUUCGAGAUGACCCUAGGGGAUUUUGGUAUGGGUACCACGUUGAUUCCCACACCAGUGUGAUUGGUGUUCGGGAACUCGCGGAUAUGGGCUGUCAAUGUUUCGAUGAUACCGAUGUAGACGCUUGGAUCUCUGAGCUAGGCACAGCUCAGUCGAAAAUUCCCAAGCUGUUUGCCUUUCCAGCUCAAUCUAACAUGAAUGGUCGACGUCUCCCACUUCAGUGGUGCGGGCAAAUCCGUUCCGCUGCCAAUGAAGGAAGGAAUGUAUUCACCUUGCUUGAUGCCGCCUCGUUUCUAUCAACCGCUCCUCUUGACCUAGGUGAAGCAGCCACCGCGCCGGAUUUUACGGCGCUCAGUUUUUACAAAAUCUUUGGAUUUCCUGAUUUGGGGGGUUUGAUCGUCCGGAAACGCACUGCAUCCGUACUUGAGCAACGAAAGUUUUUUGGCGGGGGUACAGUGGAUAUGGUGAUAGCAUCCGGAGCGCAAUGGCAUGCCAAAAAAGAAACCUCAAUCCAUGAGCGGCUUGAGGAUGGCACCCUUCCGUUCCACAGCAUUAUUGCACUUGAUGCCGCCCUAACGACGCACAAACGUCUAUACGGGUCAAUGUCGAAUAUUUCUUCCCAUACUGGGUUUCUCGCUCAGCAAGUCUAUGAUCGACUCUCUGGAUUGAGGCACUUCAAUGGCAUGAAGGUCUGCGAGAUUUACCAAUCAGACUAUGGGAACCCCGCCCUCCAAGGUCCGAUCAUCGCUUUUAAUAUGAGAAACAGUCACGGCGAGUGGAUCCCUAAGUCCGAGGUAGAAAAACUGGCGACGGUACACAACAUCCAACUGCGUUCUGGUUCUGUUUGCAACCCUGGACGAACGGCCAUGUCUCUUGGAUGGGCAGGAGAAGAGCUACGUCGCCAUUAUGCCACUGGUUUACGUUGCGGUGAUGACCAUGAUGUGUUAGAUGGCCGGCCAACUGGCAUUCUGCGUGUUAGUCUGGGAGCAAUGACCAAUCUGAAGGAUAUAGACUCACUAACAGACUUCGUCGAGGAAUUUUAUGUGGAGAAAGUCCCUCCUUUGGUGCCAUUGAGUCCUCCGACGGAUGCGAACAAUAUAGUCGCCCCUCAAUUUUAUGUUGAGAGUCUGACGAUAUUUCCCAUCAAAGGUUGUGCCCCGUUCAAGAUUCCUGGAGGCAAGCGUUGGGAGGUCAAAAGAGAAGGGCUUGCAUGGGACCGAGAAUGGUACCUCGUUCAUCAGGUGACCGGGUUUCCCUUGAAGCAGAAAGAAUAUCCUCAGAUGGCUUCUAUAUAUCCAUCUGUUGAUAUGGAACGCGGCAUACUUCGCAUCACCUGCAAUCCUAAGGCCACAAAUGGUCCAUUCAGCCUCGAAAUUCCACUUAUUUGGGAUGCCAGAAGUACGAGCGUUAUGAGUUCUCCAGUGCGCUCGAGUUGUCGAAAAGGAGUGCCCAGUGCCUACGAGCAUAGCUCAUGCCUUCGUGCCUACGCCUCGCCAGUGGUCUCAACAUUCUUUACAGAGCUCUUAGGUGUAGCUUGUACUCUUGCACGGUUCUCUUCACAUGAUGCAGCAUUCGAUAUAAAGCCACCAAACCUCGCUAGUAUCUGGAAGAAUCGGUUCCGGAGGUUUGCUACCUUGAAUUCCUUUUCCCGUGCGGACCGAAUACCGCGCCAAAAUUGCCAAAAAUACGUGCUCGUAUCAAACGAAAUGUCCGUUUUAAUCGUAUCGAGGGCAUCAGUCAACCGUCUCAACGAAAUAAUCAAAGCAAACACCAAGCCUUCCUCCGGCGUGAGCAAGGCCAUUGGUGCAGAUUUGUUUAAGAGCAACAUCGUUGUUGCUGAGCGGGCCUGUCAACCAGCUCGUGUCGAACACCCCUAUGCCGAAGACCACUGGUCAUCCAUUCGUAUUGGACAAGACCAGCUCCUCUUUGAUACGGUUGACCCUUGCCAGCGCUGUCAGAUGCUGUGCGUUGACCAGCCUACGGGCGUGAGACGCAAUGAAAUAUUUGCUGCGCUGCCCAAGAUGCGAAAAGUCGAGGGUAGAGUUCAAUUUGGUAGAUAUGCGGUAAUUUCAACAAAGGAAGGCGAGAACAUUGGGAAGGGCCCUGGUAGCAGAACAAUUAUGGUGGGAGAUGUGGUGUUACCAACAGAGCAGAACCAGUGA